UUUGCUCACCACACAGCAGCAAGAAGAAAUGUCCAAGUCGUUGGGAGUGCCGUUGAGCCUGCUGCAUGAAGGCGAGGGACAUGCGAUCACAUUGGAGCUCAAGAACGGAGAAAUUUACAGAGGCCACUUGGUUGAGAGCGAAGACAGUAUGAACUGCCAGCUGAAACAGGUCACAUUGACGGGUCGGGACGGUCAGAUCAGCCGCCUGGAACAGGUCUACGUCCGCGGGAGCCAAGUGAAGCUGUUCAUCUUGCCAGACAUGCUGCAGAAAUCGCCACUGUUCAAAAAGGUCCAAGCAUUGAAGAAACCGGACCAGGACAAGAAGCAUCGAAAGGGCAAGAGCAGCGGCGGGCGUGGACGGGGCCGUGGCCGCGGUGGCCCCCCAAAGCAACCUGCUGCAUGAGCGUCUUCAUCUUUCCCAGUCGAGAUAUCCUUUCAGGCUUGUUAAGAUAUUAAUCUACCUACCCUACCAUCCCCA